AUGCCAGCAGACCAGCGGUGCUUAAUACUUCUGCAUAAGAAAUAUUGUGACAUUAGUCAAGGCUCGGAGGGUCUGGGUCUGAGAUUGGGUUGGCUGGCGCCCGACGCAGUGCUCCAAACCGGCUGUCCAGGUCAGUGCCUUUUGCUUGCUAUGACUGAUGAUCCAUACCUGUACAAGGAUAGAAGCCAGCUGAAGCUCAGACGGGAAGAUAUCACAGGCGACCAGGUGUUCCAACAUCAGAGACAGGUCAUCAACAAUAAAGUAUAUCAUGCCGAGGUCCUUGAAGAUCUCAGUUAUAGAGAUAACAUUAGAGUGUUAGGUCUGCUGGAGGACCUGCAGCUAUAUAUCUGCCUUUUCCUUGGAGAAUACAUAGACUGUGAUUACCUUAGAAGGGCCCUUUUUAUAGACUGCAAUAGAGACAGGGCCUGCAAGAUCAUAGGUAAAAAGAUCUUUUAA